AUGGACUUUUGCGACGCGGUUCCCGGUACAAAGUCAAAAGGGCUCCCACCUCCUCCAGGUGGCUGUGUACGUCGAGGGGGACGUUCGUCGCUUGAUGAAGACGUAGCAGUACUCGUCGUAGUCACUUGUACUCCUGUGCUGUCCACCGGUAUCCUUGAUGUCGUGGCUAUUGACCCUAUGGUAGGGGUUGGUGUUGACACAUCGCCAUCAUCUUCGUUCGUUGAGGACGUAGUUGAGGACGCAGUCGAGGUCGUAGUUGGCGUCAUAGUCGAUGUCAUAGUUGGGCUCGGUGUAGGUGUAGCAGACGUGGUUGACGAUGGCUUUGGCUUGGUAGUGGGUCUAGGCGAAGUUGGCGAUGGCGUAUCGAACGGUAUUCUGGAAAAGGUCCCCGGCCGUGGAAAGCUAAUUGAGGAACUGGCUCGCACUGCUGUGGACGAGCACAUUUUGCCUUCGCCAAAGUCUUCCAUGGAGCAACCUCGCAGUGGUGUGUUGUAUGCGAAGGCGCAUUCCAAGGGUAAUGACAUGGUGGAUAUUGACUCGAAAUUUUCCAGCGUUAAGAGUGAGCCCGAUGCCUCCAUGGCCAACAGCAGCACCAUGCAGAAGGAAUUCGCUAGUUUAAACAGACUCCUUGCCAUUACCGGCAACUGCACAGGCGUGAGGCCGUACCGGUUGAUGUUAUUUGGUUGA